CACCUUUCCAUAUAUAUAUAAUCUGCAGUAGAGUAUUUUUUUAUUAUCAUUAGCUUUUACUGAUAUGAUAUGGUACGAUCAGAGAGCCGAACCUUGAGUCGCGUUAAACGAGCCAAUGGUUUGGUGGUAUAAUAACUUUCAGCAUUCAGCAUUCAUUCAGUAUAAUAUAUACAAAGUGUAUCGUGUAUCGCAUUCACCGUCGCGCAGUAUUAUAACUCUAAUCGCAUCGAUGUGUUUAUUUGCUCUGAAUCACAGUCAUUCAUUUACUAUAGAUGAAAUAUAAAUGUCAACAUAUUUUGAUUAUCAGUUUUAAAUAAUGCUCAUGUCAGAGACGAAUCCAUAUUAUUGAAUAUUUCAAACAACUGUCAAAAUAAAAUUGAGAACUUGUUUGGUAUCUUGUCUUAUUAGAUUUUUGAUUGCGUACGAAACGAAGACAGGGAAAAAUUUUAUGAAAUAAAAAAAAAACAAUACAAGAAUGAAUUUAUCCUUUGCGGGCUGUGGAUUUUUGGGAAUUUAUCAUGUUGGUGUUGCUGUAUGUUUUAAGAAAUAUGCUCCGCAUUUACUCUUAGAUAAAAUAAGCGGAGCUUCAGCUGGCGCGAUGGCUGCCUGUUGUCUUCUUUGUGAUUUACCCCUCGGAACAUUUACGAGUCAUCUAUUGAAAUUAGCGAAAGAAGCAAGAAAGAAAGCCCUUGGGCCUUUCAGCCCUUCAUUCAAUGUACAAACAAUAUUAUUGGAGAGUUUGCAGAAGUAUCUUCCAAAUGAUGCACACAUACGAGUUAGUGGAAAAUUGCACAUUUCAUUGACACGAGUUUACGAUGGAAAGAAUGUAAUCGUAUCGCAAUUCAAUUCACGCGAAGAUUUGUUGCAAGCAUUGCUGGCUAGUUCAUUUGUUCCCUUGUUUUCGGGACUUUUACCUCCAAGGUUCCGUGGGAUUCGCUAUAUGGAUGGAGGUUUCAGUGAUAAUUUACCAACAUUGGAUGAAAAUACAAUAACAAUCAGUCCUUUUUGUGGUGAAAGUGAUAUUUGUCCACGAGACAUUUCAUCUCAAUUGUUUCAUGUGAAUUUAUCCAAUACAAGUAUCGAAUUGUCGCGCCAAAAUAUAUACAGAUUUGCUAGAAUACUCUUCCCACCAAACCCAGAGAUACUCUCUCAUAUGUGUAAACAAGGAUUUGACGAUGCACUCCGAUUUCUUCAGCGAAAUAACCUGAUAAAUUGUACACGCUGCCUAGCUGUACAAUCAACUUUUGUAGUUUCGGAAACUUUGGACGAUAGUAUGGAGUAUGAUCCUGAGUGUAAAGAGUGUAAAAUUCACCGUCAGGAAGCAUUAGUAGCCAAUUUACCCGAAACCGUUAUGACAAUAUUCCAAGAUGCCAUAGAUUCGGCAAAUAAAGGCAUUAUCAAUUGGUUAUUCAAACACAAAAGCAUCAAACUAUUGUCAUUUCUCAGUCUUCCCUACACGCUACCCUUUGACGUCAUCUGUGCAACUCUCAAUAAAAUUUUGAUCAACAGCCCUAAAUUACACAAUGAUUUAAUGGAUGUGACAAAAUAUUUAAGCCACCAGAUAUGCUUGAUUAUUUCCAAAAUGAACAUUUAUAAUAUGAGAAUGCCUCAAACGAUAGAUUGUCAGUUGACAAUAACUGAAUAUGAUUCGACUGUUGGUGGAAAAAAAUCAGUCGAUCAGUCGAUCAGUGAAAUAUUGUCGUGGCGGGAGGAACUCCACAAGUCGAGUUGCAUAAUAGAUAUAAAUGAAUUAGCCUCAAUUGACGGGCCAUUUGAAAAUAUUCUAAAAGUCACAUCUGACCAAGAAACUUUGAUGGCCUAUUAUUAUAUGGAUGAUGAGAAUAAAAAAAUCCAACGGACGGAAAUUUUUGACAUUCCGGGUAACUCAAUUGCUGACACAGAUAUUUCAACAAAACAACGCCAAACAUAUGACGAAAUGCCCUGGGAUGAACCCACAUGGCUCACACAGCAUAGCCUUACUAAUGCUAACGAGACAUUAAUGGCAGAUGAACAUCCAUGUUCUCAUUUACACCCAGAACAACGAAAUACAGAGGAAAAAAUGAGUUUCGAAGCUCACUCCGAUAUCUCAAUAGAUGAAUCCAAUAUAUUCUCUGAUCCAGAGAGUGAAUGGAGUACCCCGCCCGAUGCAGCAACCACAAUCGCUUCGUUGAGUACGUGUUCCACAUCGGAUUCAAGACCCGAGGUUGACCAGCCGACUCAGUGAAUUCACUUAAUUGCGUUUUACAAUAUUUAACUUGUACAAAUAAUGAUGGCAAUGAUUAAAAGAUCAGUUAGCGAAAGAAGAAACAAAAAAAUCAUAAGCGCUAAAAAAAAAAGUUGACAGUAUUUUCUGUUAGAUUAAAAUGGUUCAACUACAAGAAAUGCCGGCUGCAUAUGUUCCAUUCAUUUCGGUAUAUGGCAUGCAGCUGAAUCUGAAUAUUUGGAAUAAGAUGAUGGUGUGUGUUGAAGAAUAAUACUGCAAUAUGAUAUGCCAUAAACGAAUAGUAAUCUAACAAAAAAUGACAAUAGCACAUAUAUUUUGAGUAUUAUACAAAAAUAUCGAAUUCAUUGAUUAAAUAUUGAUAUAUUUUUAGACUGCUCUAUUUUUAUGAAUAAAUGUAGCCAAUGAUAUGUUAAAUGUCAAA